UCAACCAAGCGCUAGAGGGCCCAUAUCAAACGCAGUUGUUUAACAAUUCAGUCUGUACUUAAGUAACAGCAUUCGGUCCAAUUUAUCUGCUUUGGGAAAACAAAUCGUUACAAAAUUAUCAACUAGCGUUGAAGCAGGAACUAAUAACAAGGUGAUAGUACCGUUAGAAAGACGUGUGAAACCAGAAGAGGGGAAGCCACAAUGAAGAGUGUCAUUAUGGUGUUGUACCUUUUCUACUUGUUUCAGAUAGAGAGGUUUGAAGGCUUCAACAUCAAAAAUAUGCAUCUGGACAAAUGUAUCCGUGCAAACAAUGAGAAGAAUAGAAUAUCUCUCACUGAAUGCAACCCAGAUUCUGAGCAGCAGCAAUGGAGAUGGGAUUCUCACCUAAACUCCAUAGUCAGUCUUAAAACUGAGCAGUGUCUGACUGUUCACAAAGCUAACAAAUUUGGAACAGUGAAACUGGAACCAUGUGCCAGUGGUCAACUUCAGGCGUGGAUAUGUAGCAAACGGGGUCAUUUAACUCUUGAAGGUUUCAGCUUGCAUCUCAGCAUAAAGCAUGGGACGAACAAAGUUCACAUCUCACAUGAAAAAGGCAAAUUAAGCAAGUGGCGAACUUUAAAAGAUCAAAUCAUCUGUAAAGAGGCUAAUAACCAUAUUUGGCAACAUGAAGGUCAUCACAUUGAGGUUUCAGAAACUCAGACAGAAAAUAUUGAAAAAUCAACGUACAUUCCUAUGAUUAAUAAUGUCUCCAAUGCUUCCUACCCGACUUUUGAAAAUAUCACGCAUCUGAAGGAAAAUGAUAAAACUGUGAGGUUCAAAUUGAGUGAUGAUACGACUUGGAAGGUUACAAUGCUUAUUCUGGGUGCUAUAAUGUUGAUGCUGGGACUAAUUAUACUGCCACUGAAUGUCCUUUAUCAUAAUCAAAAGAAGAAGUCACAUGCUGGAAUUGUUGCUGAUUCAGCUGAUGAGAAAACCUCCUUAACAACAGGAUUGAAACUCCAGCAUGACGCUUCUCGCUCCCCAUCUUUAAGACAUGGAGAAAUACUGAUUGAAUGGAAAGAUGGCAAGAUAACACCUCUUUUUGAUGACAAUUAAAAUACUAACUGUUAGAGUAUUAGGGAAGUCCAGCCUCAUUCUAAAGUAUCUAUAUUGUGUGCAAAUAGAUUGAGUACUACAGAAGGAGAUCAUUAUUUCAUUUGAGAGUAGGUGGGUGUGAAAGAAAUCUCUUCUGGAAGUCAGUCCAUCAUUCCUGGAGAUUUGACUGUUUCAGUUCUUUGAAAAGUAACCCUGUGGGUGGUCUCAGACCUAAGUUGUUGCAUUUCACAAAAGAGCUUCCAUUGGGUGAUUAGGAGUAUAUUGUGGAACAGCCUUUUCGAAUCUGUAGUAUCGAAACAUAGAAUCAUAGCAGGAAGAAGGCCAUUCAGCCCUUCGAGCCUACACCCCCUUCAGUUCAUUCAUGGCUGAUUCUCCAUCUCAAUGCCAUAUUCCUGUUUUCUCCCCAUUCCCCUGAUGCCUUUAAAAUCUAAAAAUGUAUCUAGCUGUUUUUUGAAUAUAUUUAUUGACUUAGCCUCCUUAGUCUUCUGUGAUAGUGAAAUCCAUAGGUUCCCAACGCUUUGAGUGAAGAAUGUUUUCCUCAUCUCAGUCUUAAGUGGUCUAUCCUGUAUCCUGAGAUUGUGUUCGCUGUCUCAGACUCCCCAACUAGGGAAUGCAUCCUUCCUGCAUCUAAUCUGUACAGUCCUGUUAGGGUUUAUACAUUUCAAUCAGAUCCUCUCUCAUCCUUCUAAACUCUAGAAAAUACAGGCCUUUCUUAGGUCAGGUGUUAAAACUGCAUGCAAUACACCACGUAUGGUCUCACUGAAGCUCUGUAUAGCUACAGUCAGUCAUAUCUGUUAUGAACUCAAAUCCUCUUGCCAAUAUAACAUUUGCCUUUCUGCACCUGCCUGUACAUUUUUAUUGACUGGUUGUAUGAGGACACCUAGAUCCCUUUCUACAUUCACACUUUCUAAUAUAUCACUAUUUAAAUAACACUCUUCCCAUCAACAUAUAAAUUCGCAUUUAGCCACAUUGUACUGCAUCUGCCAUGUGUUUGCCCAUACAUUCAAAUGUCUAAAUCACAUUGAAGCGUCCUCCCCACAACUCGUAAUUCCAUUCAAUUUUGUGUCAUCAUUAAACUUACAUUUCCUUCAUCCUGGUCAUUUAUUUAUACUAUAAAUAGCUAGGGCCCCAGCACUGAUCCUCCUGAUUCUCCUGCUUCUUGGAUGCUGCCUGACCUGCUGUGCUUUACCAGCAACACAUUUUUCAGCACUGAUCCUCAUGGUACAAUGUUAAUCACUGCCUACCAUAUGGGAAAACGACCAAUUUAUUCCUAUUCUCUGUUUCCUCUCUGUCAAACAAUUCUUGAUUCAUGCUAAUAUAUUAUCCCCAACCCAUGUGUUUUAGGGGUUUGUUCUCUGACCUCUUAUGAGUAACCUGAUCAAAAGCUUUCUGAAAAUCUAAAUAUACUACAUCUUUGAUUCUCCCACAUUUAUUUGACUAGUUGCAUCCUCAAAAAAUCUCCAGUCAUUUUGUUAAACACGAUUUAGCUUUCAUAAACCAUGCUGGCUUUGUCCAGUCCUGUUAAUGCUUUUCAUAUGUUCUGUUGUUGGGAUUUUCAUAAUACAUUAACAGUUUCCCCAUUACUGACAUUUGCCUAAUUUGUCUGUAAUUCUUUUUUUUUCCUUCAAUCCCUUUUUAAACAAUAGGGUUGCAUUUGCCAACCUUCAAUCUGAAGGAACUGCUGUGGUGUCUGCAAAUACAAAUCUGCAAAUGCAAAUUCACCCCAUAGACUUAGAGUCAUGGAGAUGUACAGCACAGAAACA